GUAGUUGGUAACACGCAAAUAAAUAUGGCGAACACACUUGUUUGUUAUUGGUGUACAGGUUAGUUGUUUAUUUUAUUUCUAUAAGUUACGUUUGAGCAGGGCAAUGAGCAAAAUAUUUCAGAGGAACCGCGCGCUGGGCUACGUGAGCAACCACGUGCCGCUCCAGGUGCGCUACAUAAAAUUGCGCAAGGAGAACCUGGUGGUGACGUGCGUGGGGCGCGCGUUCCAUACGUACGGCAGCUCGCACUUUGCGCUGCUGAGCGUAAGCGGCCAGCACGACGAGGACAUCAGCUGCGUCGCGGCGGACUCGUACCACGUGUACACGGCCGCCGGCAGCGUGGUGCGCGCGUGGCGCCGCGGCAAGGACGUGAAGCACGAGUACCCGGGCCACGACGGCGCGGUGCGCCUCAUGCUGCCCUUCGGGCCGCACCUGCUCACCGUCGACGAGGGCGGCUCGCUGCGCGUGUGGGACGUGAAGGCGGAGGAGCAGCACGCCGAGCUGACCUUCAGCCGGGACGUGUUCGAGGUGACGGCGCUGGUGCACCCGAGCACGUACGCGAACAAGGUGCUGCUGGGCAGCCGGCAGGGCGGCCUCGAGCUGUGGAACAUGCGCACGUGCAAGCGGGUGCACGCCUUCCCCGGCUGGGAGUCCGCGGUGACGGUGCUGGAACAGGCGCCCGCCGUGGACGUGGUCGCCGUGGGGCUCGCCACCGGCAGGAUCGUCUUGCACAACCUACGCUACGACGAGACGGUGCUGGAGUUGCUACAGGACUGGGGCGCCGUCACGGCAAUCUCGUUCCGCACGGACGGCCACCCCACCAUGGUGACAGGCAGCCCUGCGGGCGCCGUCGUGCUGUGGGACCUGGAGGAGCGCCGGGUGCUCUGCCAGAUGGAGAAUGCCCAUGCCGGGUCCGUCACCGGCAUGCGCUGCUUCCCCGGGGAGCCUCUCAUGGUCACCUCCUCGCCGGACAACACCCUCAAGAUGUGGAUCUUCGACCUGCCGGACGGAGGCGCCCGGCUCCUGCGGCUGCGUGAGGGACACUCGGCGCCUCCUGCCUUCAUCCGCUUCCAUGGGAGCAACGGCCAUAACCUCCUCAGCGCUGGAGCCGACUCCACGUUAAGGAUUUUCAACACUGUCAACGAGACUUUCAACAAAAGUUUGGGGAAGGCGUCUUACAAUCGGAAAAUCACCAAGAAGAAGGGAUGGACAGUUGCGAGUGCAUUGAAGAUGCCUCCGAUAGUUGCUUUCACUUCUGAAAUGACUCGUGAAAAGGAGUGGGACAACAUUGCUGCCAUCCACCAGGGGAUCCCGCAUGUUACGACAUGGUCGUACGAUAAGGUCAAGAUGGGCGACUUGAAGUUGUUGCCCGAAAGAUUUGACAGCGUGGAGAGCAAGAGUCAGUCCAAGGUGACCGCUACGUGCGUGUGCCUCUCCCAGUGCGGCAACUUCGUCGUCGUCGGCUACAGCAGCGGGCACGCGGACCGGUUCAACAUCCAGUCUGGCGUGCACCGAGGCAGUUACGGCAAGCCCCGGGCCCACGAGGGGCCGGUCCGGGGCGUGGCCUCGGACAGCCUCAACCAGGUCGUCAUCACUGGGGGCAGCGACUGCCUCGUCAAGUUCUUUCACUUCAACCCUGCUGGGUCGCUGGUGGGCAAGCUGGACGUGGAGGAGCCGGUGGACAGGUUCUGCUGCCACCGGGAGAGCAGCAUGCUGGCAGUGGCCCUGGAAGACCACUCCGUCCUCGUGGUGGACAUGGACGUGCACAGCGUGGUGCGAAGAUUCCCUGGCCACGCCGGCGCCGUCACCGACCUGGCCUUCAGCCCCGACGCCCGCUGGCUGGUGACCGCCGGCACCGACUGCUCCGUGCACACCUGGGACCUGCCAUCCAGCCAGCUCGUGGACUGCUUCCAGACAGAAUCACCUUGCACAUCGCUCAGUUUUUCUCCGACGGGCAGCUUGCUUGCAACCACACACGUGAACUAUCUCGGAGUGUACUUGUGGUUCAACCGCACCUUGUAUUCUCACGUGUCGUUGAAACCUGUGGAUCCGGAGGCCGAGCCCCAGCUCGUGGACCUUCCUUCCUCGUUGGGCAAACCCACGUCUGAAGAAAACCACGUGCCUGUCCCCGAAGAGCCAGAGUUCACUUCAGCUCAGCAGAUAAAUAAAAUGCUCAUAACUUUAUCAACACUCUCUACAUCUCGGUGGCAAAACCUUCUGAACCUCGAUGUCAUAAAGAGACGAAACAAACCAAAAGAACCUCCGAAGGCUCCCAAAGCUGCUCCAUUCUUUCUGCCCACUCUGCCUUCUUUGGAGAUGAGGUUCGAUUUGAGUGAUGCCGUGCAAAAAGCAGGAGUUGACGAGAGUAGAACUUUCCUGGAGGUAAAUCAGAACCUGACAGUUUUCGGAAAGCUGCUGAGCAAAUCUGCAGAAACUGACAACUUCGACCCGGUGCUGGAGAAGCUCAUGAGCAUGGGCCCCUCUGCGAUAGACCUGGAAGUGAGUCUCCUGGCGCCGGCAGCGGGGGGCUCCGUAGCGCUGAUGCUGCAGUUCAUGAGACUCAUCGAUCAUAUGCUGGACAGUCGCAGGAACUUUGAGCUGGCCUACUCCUACCUGGGGCUGUUCCUCAAGAGACACGAGGACACUGUCGCGUCGGAGCCCGAGCUGAGGACUCACGCCAGCAUCCUGCGUGAGCAACAGCUGUCGGGUUGGCAGGACUUACAAAACAAAAUGUUGUACAACUUGUGUGUUGUUCAAGCACUUAAAACUUUGUGAGCAUUUUUUAUGAAUAUCUAAACUGUGACUUUUGUAUAUACAUAUAAAACAUGAUUAAUUUUA